GAUAAAACGCAACACUCAUUCUUGGUGAUUCAGUUAUCCCGUCCCAUUCCAUCCGAAUGUUUAAUUUGUUGUAUUAGAACAAAACAUUGUGUAAAAUAAUGAGUUCAAUUUCUUCAGCCACGAAUCAAAAGCUGAAAAAGAAGAAAACUGGGUGGGAAAGGCUGAAACAACAAGAACUUGCAGCAUGGCAGCCUAUUUUCUCUCCCAGAGGAAUUUCCCCUCUGUUCCUGGUCUUCGGUGUUCUUCUCAUCCCCCUUGGAGUUCUUAUCUUUACAAUGUCAAAAAACAUACAAGAACUUAAAUUCGACUACACAGAUUGUCUCAACUCAAACGGAGACAAAUGUUCGGAUAUUGUACAGAAAAUGACUGGAGAAAGCUGUAGUUGCAUCAUUAAUUUUCAACUCGAGGAGCCAAUGAAGGGAAAGAUUCGAUUAUACUACGCUCUCUCUAACUUUUAUCAAAAUCACCGUGAAUAUGUUGCUUCAAGAGACGAUGAUCAACUCCUGGGAAAAAUUGGAACGUCCACGCCUAUCAGUCCUUCGUCAGAUUGUGAUCCUUUUGGGAUAGCUCCGAAUGGAAAAAUCUACUUUCCCUGUGGCGCAAUUGCUAAUUCCAUGUUCAACGAUACAUACACAAUGUUUCGUCAUCUCAACGACGGGAGUAAAACUGAGGUGCGAAUGAUUCGCACUGGAAUCGCAUGGGAGAGCGACAAGAAGCACAAGUUCAAAAAUCCUGACUUGUUUUUAGAUAUUAACAACACCAAAUUCUGGGACAAGUUUGUGCAGCCCAGGGAUUGGGGCAAAUCACUUUGGGAUCUGGACAAAGUGGAUGCAAAUAAUAAUGGAUUGCAAAAUGAAGAUCUUAUUGUCUGGAUGAGAGUGUCGGCUCUCCCAAACUUUAGAAAGUUGCACAGAUUCAUUGACAUGGCCUCCCUGGGAAGCAAUGGGGAAAUGCCGAAAGGGAGCUACUCGUUUGAAAUACAAUACAAUUACGAGGUUGCCUCAUUUGAAGGAACAAAAACUUUGAUAUUAACUGAACAAGCAUUUUUUGGGGGGAGAAAUGUUAUUCUGGGAAUUAUACUAAUGAGUGUUGGCAGCUUUGUCUUACUUCUUGGGCUCAUCUUAUUAUUGUUGAGUUUCAAGAGAAGAACGACAUGGUCACGAGGAAGCAAAAUAUCACGUGACUAUGGAACUCAAGGUACUACAACUGUAAGGCGAUCUAAAAUUGCAUAACGUUAAGCUUAGUGUAUAUGAAUAAAAAAGUCGUGUUAAUAAGAGAUCAACGAAUAAAAAUAAGAAAGGAAAGUUA